CGUGCACACAUUGCUUUAUGACGCGCUAUCUACAUAAUUUCCUGUGUGUGCUCUUGAGUGUGUGAUACUAUUGAACAAUUUGGCAAAACUUGGAUUAUUACAAAUAUAUCAAUAUCUUGUUUUUUCACGCAUUUGUUAUAUAAAUUCUCUUAAGCAACAAACGAUUCAUAAGGUUUGCAUGGAACGAGAUGCGAAAAUUACGAGAGAACGAGAGAGAUCGGCCGACAUCUUAUAUAGAAAAAAAUAUUCUUUCAGAUAAUACAGAGUUGGAGUCAUAUGUCUGCGCAAUUGAAUCCGACAGACCCAUAAAUGAAAUCGAGGUCAAGCGUCUUCGUAAAUUCGCGCUUGAACAGCAGAAAGUUAUCAAAAUACUUAGACAGACAGUAAAGGAGAGACAAAGAAAAUUAGAGCAGCUAUAUAAUAAGAAAAAAAAAGAGGAAUUUUAUAGACAGUGGCUCGAGUUAGAACCAGUAACCGAAGUGGACGAUGAAGGAAAUCAUGAAGAUAAUGAUAGUGUUUUGUCGAGCGCUCCAUCCUCAAUAUCACCACAACCUGGACGCUACGAUCAAUGUUAUAGAAAUGGUAUUACUAGAGAAGCAUACAAAGCUGUUGUUGUCAAAAUUGAAGAACUGCAAUCAAAGCUUUUUAAAGAACAGCAAGAAAUGUCACGUGCCAAGAUUCAAAUUUGUGAUUUAGAGAAAGCACUUUUGCAUGAGAGAUGCACCAAUUGUGAUAAAGAAUUUGUGAUGAGUGAUUUGAACGAGAAGCUUCGAACUGCUGAAGAACGAGAAGCUACACUUUUGAUAGAGCUUUCGGAAUUACGAGAGCAAAACGAACUCUUAGAGUUUCGUUUACUUGAACUAGAGGAGACAUCUGUGCGCAAAGAUAGUUUUGCUCAUGCAGCAAAUAGUAUUAUCUCAGCAGAACUCUCUCUUGCAAACAAGGAUCAUUUAAUAACUAAACAAAGAAGCCGAGCUAUUGCAACCGUCCUACCUUAUACUAAUAACACUACAGUAACAAAAACCACACCAUCUGCAUUACCGCGUAAACUUCCGCUUAUCCUUCAAGAAAGCGGUAUUUUCAAUGAAGAAGAAGAGGGAAAGGAAUGGGAGGAGCACGAAGAGAAGGUCGAGCUUGCCAGUCGCAGUACUCAGACAGAAGUUCCAUCCAGUGAACUUCUGCAGGAAGUACAACGUCUCCAGGAAUUAAGAACUCGAAUUCAGGAACGAGUUAAGAUCAUAACACCGGUUUCUCAUUCAAUAGAUUCGUCUAAGAUUUGUUUUGAUAUAACAGCAAUGAAUUCGAUAAUUCAAUUGGCUUCCUAUCAAGAGCGCGUCCACGAUCUCGAAAAGAAACUCGAAGUAUACGAAGAAGUUGAGAAAAUCCGAGAAUGUGAGAAGCAAUUGUCAAAACAACGAGAGGAAGAGUUGCUGGAUGAAAACUACAGACUUACGGAGAAGAUAUACUGGCUAGAAACCAAGCUACAUCACAUCACAGAAUCUAACUUUGAUGAAAACAACAGUUUUGGUCAAAACACUGCAAAUGGAGAAAAAAAAAUUGUCGCGCACUUGAAAAAGAAUACAGAGCAAAUUCAAGAUUUAAAGAAUAUGGAAGCUGACAUGCAAGAUCAAGCUAAGAUUACAGAAACUUAUGUAAAUAAAGUCAUUGUAAAAUGUAUAAAUCUUCAAUACAAAGAUCAGACUAAUGUGAACUCCAAUCAGAUUGUUUCGGAAAUUCUACACAAUGCCAUA